GAAAGUUCCUUGGUACCCCCACUGAGGCAGUCAAACUUCUCCGCGAGUGUCCUUUCCUCGAUGGCACCCUCGAACCAUUCCACAUGGACUUCGUUCACUGUCCUCCAGCCGAGGCAAACACAAAGUUAUCCCUCGAAGACCCCCACAUCACCAACACCGCGAAAUACGAAGAAGAAGCCGAGCCCGCUACAAAGAUGUGGGAACUCCAAGAACCUGCUUACUCCAAGAAGAAAUCUGACUUCAUCUACGCACCGCAUCAACUCGGGCCUGAGGGUCGCCAAGCCAUCUAUGACAGACUUUGUAAGGAUAAAGAAGCCGUGAUGCAGUUUGAGGCGUAUGGAGCGAGUUUCAAGACGCGUGGGACAGAGAAGGGGCCGUAUCCUCAUACCGAAUCCGCACGUAUCUCGCUCCAGUAUUGGACGAAUUGGACUGAUGCUUUGGAAACCGCUGCGAAGGAGCAGUCGAUGAACGAGUGGGAAGAUGCGCUCUCGCCAUUUAGCUCCGGCGCGAAGUACAGGAAUUACGAGUGCACUCGUAACGCCAAGAAAGUUGGAAAGACGUAUUUCGGAGGCGGGGAGGGAUGGAAGAGGGUUCGUGCAGUGAAGAAGAGAUGGGAUGCACAGAGCGUGUUUGGGCAUAGUGUUGAUGGGAGUUUGGAGGAGGGGGAGGCGAGUGAGGGGGAGGGUGGGGAGGUUGUUGCUGAUGCCGCCGUUGUUGAGAAGGCUGGUGCUGGGCAGACGAAGAACGAUGAGCAGGAGGAAUUGAAGAGUGAGAGGAAUGGGGAGGUGCAUGAGCCGUGUACGGAGAGGCCUACAGAUCGGGUUGAUGAGGAGGAGUUUACGGUUAAGGGGGCGAAGGAGAAGUACGGACCUGGUGCCUUUACAGUGUAAAAGACAAUGAGCAUUAGAGAAGGCUGAGAGUACAUUAUAUAUUGCUAUACCCCAUG